AUGUUUUUUUCCGUUGAUGCCAGAAUUGACCACGCUCAUUGGAACACGGCCGAUACACUGAACGCGUAUCCUGUCCCAGCAAAUGCGACUGUGAAAACACACCCUGGCUGGAAUGAUAAUAUCACUACCUGGAUCUCGCUUCCAGUUGAUAACUGGAAUGGCCGGUUCAUAGGCAUGGGCGGUGGCGGCUAG